AUGAGCGGGCGCGGGCUGGUGGUCGGGGUGUGUGGGCUGAACGGGUCGGGCAAGUCGGUCCUCUGCGCGGCGCUGGCGGCGGCUGCCGGUUGCCGGGUCGUCUCUCUCUCGGAUGCCAUCCGGUCGUCGCUGGCGGGCGACGGCAUCGAUCCGAGCCGGGCGGCACUGAUUGCUCGCGGAAACGAGCUGCGGAACGAAGGCGGGGCGGGCGUGCUUGGUGCAAGGGUCGGCGCCUCCAUCGCCGCCAGCGUGGCUGCGGGCGAUGCUCCUCGAUGGGUCGUCGACUCGUUCCGCCAUCCUGAUGAGGUCCGCGAGCUGGCUGCUGCUGUGGGCGACGGUCCGACUGGCGUGCCGUUUGUCCUAGUGGCUGUCGAUGCCGAGCCAAGCGUCCGCUACCAUCGCAUGCGGGCCCGCGGGCGCCUUGGCGACUCGAUCACCUCCUUCGAGGAGUUUGCUCAGACCGAGGCCCUCGAGCUCGCUCAUCCCGACCCCAACGGUCAGCAGCUGGCGGCAGUGCUUGAGCUCGCCGCCGUGCGGAUCGACAACAACGCCGAGUGCCAAGGCUGCGGCCGACGCGCUGGCCAACGCGCUGCAGGAGACUGA